UAUGGACUAGUUGUCACUGCCAUUUGAAAUUGAUGUUUAUGCUAUUUAUUUGGAAAAUUGAAAUAGAAACAUAUUAAUGGAAUCAAAGAUUUAUUUUAGUCUUAUUAAAUUGAUUGGUAAUUUCCUUGAAAAUAUUUUGUUGUAAUGGCGUCAACAUCUAAAGAUAAUGUGCAAAACUCCUGUAGUCAUGAUAAUCCUGAAAAAGAUCUCGAACCAGGUGCAUCUCACGACAGCAUUUUGAAUCCUACGGAUUCUUUUGAGGAGUUUGCUUCUGAGAUGAACACAAGUCUUGAAGGCAGACCUACAGAUGUGACAAAGAAAUCCAGUACAAUUAGUGAGAUUCAAAGUGAAAUUGGUGAAUGCUCAAAGGAACUAAAAGAAACAAAAUCUAGCGAAAAUUUGCAUAAUAAAGAUGAGGCCAUAUCCUCUUCAGUAAGCAAUUCAAACUUACAAGAGGAGAAUGGUGACGAUACAGAAAGUGAAGUGGAUGACUAUUUAAAAUCACCAGAACUAGUUAAUAAAGAGAAACAUGUUUUUAUACUGAGCACUGCUGGAAAGCCCAUUUAUACAAGAUAUGGAAAUGAAGAUAAACUAGCUGGCUUAUGUGGAGUUAUCCAAGCUUUAGUUAGUGUUGUUGAAGAACAAAAUCGAGAUAUUUUAAGGUCCAUCAUCACAAAAGACUGCAAGGCAGUGUUUUUAGUUAAAGGACCCCUUAUAUUAGUAGGCAUGUCAAAAUCUAAUGAGAGUGAAACACAAUUAGUUUUACAGUUAACAUAUGCUUUCAACCAAAUUGUCUCAGUAUUAACGCUUACACAACUAAACCGAAUAUUCGAGCAGCGUAGGAAUUACGAUUUACGGCGAUUACUGUCUGGUGCUGAGCGACUUAUAGACAAUUUACUAAUUUUCAUGGAGAAAGACCCAGCAUUUUUACUUGGAGCUGUCCGGUGCUUACCAUUGCCAGAGAAAGUUAGAGAGAAUAUCACAAAUGCUAUAAUUUCCACAUGCCACAAAAUAAGAGAUUUAGUAUUUGCUAUACUGAUAGCCGGAAAUCAAUUAAUAACAUUAGUUAGAAUGAAAAAGUAUACAUUACAUCCGUCAGAUAUACAUUUACUGUUCAAUUUGGUACGGAGUUCUGAGUCAUUCAAAACUGCUGAAAGUUGGACGCCAAUUUGUUUGCCUAAAUUUGAUGCAACGGGGUUUCUUCACGGCCAUGUAUCAUACAUAUCUGAAGACUGUCAAGCCUGUCUAUUACUACUUACGGUACAACGUGACGCCUUUUAUCCACUGUCACAAGCCAAGCACACUAUAUCAGACAAACUGAGACGAUCAAACUGCCUUACAGCAAUCAAUGAUGCUUUGAACAGAAAUAAAGAUCUCACAACCACUAACCCUCUUAAACAUAUAGGGAUUCCAGAAAUAAGACACUUUAUGUAUAAAUGCAAAUCCACAGCUCAGUUAUUCACCUCUGACCCCAUAAGUUUGGAUCGCUUACAAGAUUAUAGACAGAGGCACAAAGAAGGGGGUGAUGUUGUUAAGAAAAAGGUGGAGAACCUAUCAGACAUGGAUUAUGUGAGGAAUUAUAGGGAAUUUUGUAGUAAGUUACAUUGUUCACGAUCACCAGCAAAGUUGAUUUUCCGGUCCAAUUCUGAAGAUACCAUCUUGGCUUGGAUAACAAAUGGUUUUGAGCUGUAUGUAACAUUUGAUCCACUUAUGGAAAAAGAUCUGGCUAUUCGGGCUGUGGACAGGUUAUUGAGAUGGAUCAAAAAUGAAGAAAAAAGGAUAUUUAUUAUGAAUGCGCCUACGUUUUAGGCCUUUAUGAACUAGAAUUUUAUCAAAUCUCAAUAUCGCUAUGUUAAUCUGACUUGCCAGAGUUAUACUAGAAUAACUGAAUUUUUUUUAAUAGUUAUUCUAGUUACUAGAUACUAGUUAGUCUCUUGAAGAGCUUUAUAUAGUUCAAAAUCAAUAUUGGUGUAUCCUAGUAAAUUUAAUUAUUAAACCGUUUACUCUCCAUUACUAACAUAUUAAAUAGGAAACUUUAAAGGAUUGCAAAAAUUUUGUGAAAUAGCUUCUCUAAAAAAAUCAUUAUUAUUGGGAGAUGUUAGACACUAAAUAAAACAUAUAAAUGAAAAAUGUUAAUAUUUCAAUAUUAAAUAAUAUACUCAUGAUUUUUAUUACAACUGGUGUGUGCUGCAUCAGCUCUGCAACGCUCCAGUAUUUGAAUAUAGCUAAAAGCAAAAUUAUAUUUUGUGAUAUUACAUAUAGAAUAUAGUAGAAAAUUUGUAUUUAGAGAAAUAUGUACAAAAGUUGUUGUAAAUUUUACAUAUUUUUUUUAAUUUCACUUAGACUUGGGUAAUGUAGUCUCAUGUGGGUGCAAUUCAAAUCGCUUUUAAUCAAUUAUGAAUUAAUACUGUUUACAAGGCAGCCUUUAUUUUUUUGACUUAAUUAUAAUAAUUUAUUUUUACUGAAUAUAAUUUUAAUAUGCAUAAAUCAGGAUUGUGUAUUGUACUCUUUAAUGGUUAGUCUUUUUUGAAAUUUUGUAAUUUCUGUAUAUAUUGUAAUGCAAAAUAAAUGAAACAAUAUUAUGUAAAUAGUUAUUAAAUUGUAUUUUUAACUA